AUGCAAACAUAUCUCUUUCUUUUCCAAGUCGCUCUCCCAUCUCUCUCUUCCCCGAUCCCUCUCCUUCUCUCUCUCUCUCUCCUACUCGAAACACCAACAGCUGUGGGGGCUUCAACUACGACGGCGAGGGGCUAUACGAGGCUUCUCUCCGACCUCCGACUUGACGGUCGCCGUCCAUUCGACUACUACAAUCUCAUCAUCACCUUCGGCAAGGAGGAUGGCUCGGCGGAGGUGCAGCUAGGCCAAACCCAUGUCAUGGGAUUUGCCAUGGGCCAGCUGGUUCAGCCCUACCGUGACCGAUCGAAUGAGAACUUGCUUUCCAUCUUCACCGAGUUUUCCCCCAUGGCUGACCCUUCCUUCGAGCUUGGACGAUCCAGCGAGGCUGCUGUUGAGCUCGGCCGCGUUAUAGACCGUGGCCUAAGAGCAAACAGGGCUGUUGACACUGAAUCACUUUGUGUUCUUCCAGGGAAAUUGGUUUGGGCCAUCCGUAUUGACCUCCAUAUUCUAGAUAAUGGAGGAAACCUUGUGGAUACUGCAAAUAUUGAUGCUUUGGCUGCUCUCAUGAUGUUUCAGAGGCUUUAAUGCUGAUUUGGAUAUUUGUAUGUGGGUUUUGCUAUUAAUUGUUUUGGGUUUACCUUGAAAUUUCUAUGUUCUGUUUUCAAUAGGGAUAGUCAAUAAUAUUUCUUAUUGUAUCAUUAAUACUUGGUUUGUUGUGACUAAAUUUUUUUCUAAUUAUCAUCUUAACAUUAAGUUGAAAUUUACUAUGUUUCCUUUCCAUUAUCCUAAUCAAUGUUCACCACUUUUUUUUUAAUUUUUUUUGGUCUCUUUAAGUAGAGAAUGUAUAGGAUUAAGAGUGUAUGGGUUUUGAGAAAAGUUACUCGUUUAAUGGGUGGAGAAUGUACAUGCUCGUUAUUAGUAAAAUUACAGUUAGACAUCUUUUAGAAGCUAGUUUUGGUACAUGCCAUUGCUUAUUACACUGUUUCCCUUAGUUUGUCCAGGCAUUAAGAACCCAACAACAGCCACCCAUCAAUCCCUCCCUCUACACUUUUACUGUUCAUCUCUUCAAUGAUCCGUUCAUUGGCCGUCCGUUUCUCCAACACCACCCCUCUCUCAGUCUCAUCCUCUAUUUCUCUGAAAACCCAGCAAUGACUAACAAUCUCUCCUUCCAUAUAUUUCUCAAACCCUCUUUUUUGUUUCAAGUUAUUAUUUCUGUAUUAAUAUUUUAGAGUUUCU